AAAAAAAAAAAAAAGGCAUUUUUUUUUUAGUUCUUUUCUUUACAUAGUAAAAAUCGUAUAUACGAUUUUCUACAUUUGUUAUGACUGAUCAAAAAUCAGAUAAUAAUUGGGAUGUCGAUGUAAUUGAUUUUUGGGAUGCUACGUUAAAAAGUUAUAAAACCUGUCAUGAAGCAAAAGAUAAACACGAUGAUCCAGAAAAAGUAGCAGACGAUCUUAUUAAAAGUUUACCCAUAAAACAAGACAAUACAAUAGUUGAUAGAAAGAGUGGUGAUAAGCGUAAAGUAGAUGAAUUAGAGACAUAUGAGAAUGAACAAGCUAUAGAUACUGAAGCAAUCAAUGAAGAAGUAUAUGAAGAACAAGAAGAGGAUGAACAAGUAAAUCAAAAAGAAGAAGAAGAGAAACUACAAGAAUAUAUUGAGACUCAAACCAAAGAAAAAGAACCAAAGAGAGCCAAAAAACAUAAAGAAAUGAACAAUGAAGAUAACUAUGAUAGCUCCAAUUAUUAUACAUAUUCUUCAGAACAAUACUACCAAACACCACCGCCAGUACCACCUAUGAUGUCUCAAGAUAAUGAAGCUUUAUCUAAUUUAAUUAUGGCAUGGUAUUAUGCUGGAUAUUAUACUGGUUUAUAUCAAGCAAAUAAUAGAACAAAACAGUAAAACAAUAUACUUUAUAUUACCAUUAAAUAUGUCAUUUUUUUGAUGAUGUCAUAAACUUGACUUUUUCAUACUUAUAAAAGAGAGGACUCAGCACUAAUAAAAC